GUGAGGUUUGCGCGAGGCGGCAGUGUGGGCGGGACCCCGGUGCGCACCCUCCGCUGGCCGGUUCUCCCCUUUACCCUGCCCCCUCCCGGACCGGAGCAUGGCGGCAGUAAGCGUCGGAACCCGUAACAGGCCGGCCACCCACACCGGUGUCAUCCCUGCCGCCCGGGGCCGGGUGCCGGAAACAGCUCAAGACGCACGGAACCGGGAGCAGCCUGAGGUUUCCGUGAACUCAGGAUCUUCACGCGGCCCGGAUUAUGUCGCCUCCUCGCGGACCGGGCUCUACAGGGGACCCCCAGAACACCAGGAGACAGAGUCCCCCCAGACGGACUCUGCCCGGAGCCGAAGUCUGGGUCUCCCGUCCUCCUCUGUCAUCCCUGUCCCCAAACACAGGUUGGACGAGGCCAUCGCCGCCGCUGCUCUCACCAGCCUGUCCUCGGGGCCCCUGGUUUUGAAAGUCGGGACGAGUCUGACAGGGGGCAGCAGAGAGCCAUAUGGCGAGAAGGCUGCCAAUUCCUCCAGCUGCAGCAGCAUCAACAGCUGCGACUUGUAUCGCGACACGUCCGUGCCAUCCACUCCCUCGCCGCCCCUGCGCCCUGCGCCCCUAUCCGCCGGGCUGGACGGGGGCAUCGAGGAUUCAGACACCACGCAUUUCCUGUUUGGCGACCCCGUGCCCCGGAAGAGGAAGAACUCGGGCCGCCUCAUGUUCCGCUGCCUGUGGAAGAAUUGUGAGAAAGUCCUGAGUACAUCGUCCGCCAUCCAGAAGCACAUCCGCGCCGCGCACCUCGGGCGAUGUACGGAACAGGAACACAACGACGGGGAAGAGGAUUUCUACUACACGGAAAUGGAUGUGAACGUGGACACGCUGAGCGACGGCCUGUCCAGCCUGACCCCCACAUCGCCCACCACGGCUGGCCCCCCAGCUUUUCCCUGUCCCGGCUCUCUGGGGGCAGCUCACGGCUCAGACCUCCCUCUCGUGUCCCCUUUGAGCCUCUCGGCUCCGAGCACUCUUUGCCACGUCCACGCAGACCAUGCCUAUCAGGCCCUGUCCCCCGCCAGCCUUUCCGCAGCUCCGACGGUCAGCUUCUCCUGGCAGUCGCCUCCCCUGCUCAUCAAGGCUCCUCCGGUCUGUCCGGUGUUGGGUGUUAAUGAGAGGAGGCCACCUAUCCUGACAUCUACAUCCGUCCAGAAGCACGGCCCGGGGGCCCGGAAGCCUCGAGGGGAAGCCAAGAAGUGCCGCAAAGUGUACGGGAUGGAGCGGAAGGACAUGUGGUGCACGGCGUGCCGCUGGAAGAAGGCCUGUCAGAGGUUCAUAGACUGAAUGGGGGGACAUCGGCCACCAGGGGGCAGCGCCCGGCUGUGCGGAGAAGCAAAGCGUUAACGUAGCAUUUACUGGAGAUUGACGCGUUUCCCGUGGGUUCCGAGCUGAUCUCUUGGCUGCGACUGGCUGGGUCACCAGAAGGGGCAGAUCUCGG